CCGAAGGGUUUCCGCCCCCGAACGUUGUACACGUAACCAACACCAAUAGGUAAAGAAAGAAAGAAGGGAAGGGAGGGGAAGAGUGCCCGGGAAAGCGAGGGGUCCGGUGGGCCGUGAAUUUUGGUUGCAGUGGUGCAAUUGGGGAUUUGGGAGUUCGGAGUUUUGGGGAGUUUGGAUUGCCGACAGAGGAUCUGGUCUGAAGGUUGUGUGCUCACGUCUACGGGCUAAGAGUAGACAGGGAAUCAGGAGUUUGUGCGUGCAUGUGCGUCAGCGUACGAUAGAAGCUGUACAGCGAGCUAUCGAGAGGUUUUUCGGGGAGCAAUUCUGCGAAUUUGGGGAGCUCUGAGGACCAGAAGCCAAGAUGAGGGGACGUGGAAUUGCCACCAUCAAUUUUGCAGUGCAUCGGUAUCUCAGGGCAUCUUCGAGUUUAGCCGGAUCUUCCGGGAGAGUGAGUUCGACAAUUGUUGAUUUCAGCGGUGGGAGCUCGAUCGUCAAGGAUGACAGAGAUGGAGCUUAUGGACACAAUUUCAAAAAUAUGAAGUCAGAUCGGAAACUUUUUGGCAUCGCAGCUGGAGCAUUUUCAGCGUCCUUUGCGUUUUCCUCCAUGAGUGCAGCGUUGGCGAAAGAAAGAGUAGUACCUGAACGCAUGCCCGAAGAAGUUAUACUUUAUCAGUAUGAAGCCUGCCCUUUCUGUAACAAGGUGAAAGCAUUUUUGGAUUAUCAUGACGUUCCUUAUCGCGUCGUGGAGGUCAAUCCCGUGGGGAAGAAAGAGUUGAAGUGGUCCGAGUACAAGAAAUUGCCAGUUUUGGUGGUGGAUGGAGAACAGCUUAAUGACUCAACUGCUAUAAUCACGUCUCUCAAUUCUCGAUUGGGUGCUCCUCCCAUGAGUGAAGAACAACGUAAGGAAGAAGAUCAGUGGCGCAGGUGGGUAGAUGACCAUUUGGUGCAUCUUUUAUCACCUAAUAUUUAUCGAUCCACUUCGGAGGCUCUUGAAGCAUUCGAUUAUAUUGCUGAAAAUGGUAAUUUUUCCACAACAGAGAGGUUCACAGCUAAGUAUGUCGGAGCAGCGGCUAUGUAUUUUAUCAGCAAGCGACUGAAGAAGAAGCACAAUAUUACUGAUGAACGCGCAGCUUUAUACGAGGCUGCGGAGACAUGGAUGACAGCACUAGGUGGUCGUCGAUUUUUAGGAGGUGAGAAGCCAAACCUAGCAGAUCUUGCUGUAUUUGGUGUUCUCCGUCCCAUUAGGCAUUUACGAGCAGGCGAAGAUAUGGUGAAGAACACGAAUAUUGGAGGUUGGUACAAGAACAUGGAGGAAGCUGUCGGUCCAUCAAGUAGACUACCAUCGAACUUUCAAAUGGCUGAAAUGGGGAAACCUGUGCAGUCGACUGUCACAAGCUAGCGCAAAGGCCUGCAGUUUUUGCCACUCAGUCUUAUUAUUGGAGUUUAUACCACAAGUUCUUCAAGUCAUCAACGCUUUCGUCUACAUUCUCUAAUAAUGCGUGGAAAGAGCUUUCGAGAAGAAUGUACCAAAGUUGAUUCCCGUCACCGCAUCUGUCUACUACUGAGAGCAGACACUUCGGAGAGCGCCAAGCCAAUACCGAUCUGCAAACGAGAGAAGCCACAGAUCCUUCUGUGGCUGUGGGCUGGAACAGUGUUAAAAAGAGUAUUCAAAGUCUUUUGUCCGAUUGGGGAAAGGGACGAAUUUGGUAGUGUUUUCAAGGGUGAGCUAGAGGGUCCGCCUCUAACGCCUACUAUACCCUGGAUGCUCCAAUCCAAGGCUGAAGCUUUUGUACAUCAAAUAUACAACCCUGACCUAUUAACUGCUUAGUCUUUUGAUCGGCGUUGCUCACAAGAGGAUUGGCGCACGGAGAAUACUUACAACCAUCUAGAACAUUUUGGAUGUGCCUGUCGUAGAGAGGAGAGGCCACACGGAGAUAACAGCGAGAGAAGCAGGUUCGAAUUGGUUUGUUUUGGUUUUUGGUUCUUCGACCUCUAUGCCUGGCAGUCGUUGUUGUGGAGAGAUGAACGUUUUUUCAGCGGAGAGACUUGUGAAAAUAAAGUGCUGACAGGUUGUCUUGGUCGUCCGUUCGUGAUGGUGAAGUGUACAUGCAAGCUGUUGUGAAUGUGCAGGCUCUCUAUCUGUUCAGUUUGCACAAACUGGUGCGAGCUGAGCGAAUUUCAUCUGGUAUACUAUGUGACAUUAAUAUCAGUAUCGUCGAUGUUAUACGGAAUUCAGUGAAGACAGAAAGCUCACAGUAUCCCAAACUUGAGAGUGAAAAUGUGUCUUCUUUCACAAAUGUGAUGGUAGGCUUCCAGAAUCACUUACACUCAUGUGUUUUCGAGUACCUCUCAGCCGGCAUCGGGGCGUGUGGUCUUCAGAUUAUGUGAUACCC